UACAUUAACACUUAUAACCCCAUGCUUUAUUUGUUAAUUAAAACGCAUAAUUAUUUAAGUAAAGGGCCUACAGUAUUGUGAAACAAAAAGACAUGUUCAUGUUUGUUUUUAAAGCAAUCAUGACAGCAGAAGUUGAGAGAUUUCUGGAAGGUAUUUGUCUAGGAAAAAAGAAACGGGACCCACAUCUGAGGGAGUUUAGUUCCUACUCUAUUAAUGUUACCUAUGGCUAUAGGAAAGAGAAAUUGGCAGAGCCAAGGAAUGAAGAGCAGGAGGCGCUGUUAAUGAGGAGAGCUCCUAGUGUAGUGAUGGCAGCCCAGAUGUCAGCUUACAGUGAGGAGGACAUCCCUCAUGGUCAGCUCACUGCCGCCAGCUCUAUAGGCAGCAUGACCAUGCUAGAAGACCUGAAGAGUAAUAAAAUUCAGAUUGAUGUAGGCGGUCCAUCAAGUGACGAAGAUGAGGAAGAUGAUGAGGUUGAAGAGGCUGGAAUGUCAGAGACAGAGAUAGAAAAAGAGGAAGCGGACAUAGAAAAGGGGAAAGAAGUAGAGAAAGAAUCAAAGGACAAAAAUGAGAAUAGUAUAUCUAGAUCUGGAAGUAGGAAAAGUAAAAAUAAGAAAGGAAUAUUGUCUAAUAUCAACAGGGAUAUCUUGCAGGCAGUGAAUCGUUUCCAGAGGAAACAGAAGAAAGGGACCAUUGAUGUGUGGUGGCUUUUUGAUGAUGGAGGUCUGACCAUGUUGAUCCCAUACAUUCUGUCCACCAAGUCACAUUGGUCAAAUUGCGAUCUCCGUGUCUUUACUGCUGGAACUAAAAAGAAGGAACUUGACAGGGAUCAGAAAAACAUGGCAACAUUGUUAAGUAAAUUUAGGAUAGACUACUCAAAAAUGACGGUUAUCCCAGACAUUGGAAAGAAGCCAAAAGAGGAAAG